UCAAACGUUUAAUGAAAGAGGCUGCAGAACUGAAGGAUCCUACAGAUCAUUAUCAUGCACAGCCUUUGGAGGAUAAUCUUUUUGAAUGGCACUUCACUGUUAGAGGCCCUCCAGAUUCAGAUUUUGAUGGAGGGAUUUAUCAUGGGCGAAUAGUUCUACCACCUGAAUAUCCCAUGAAGCCACCUAGCAUUAUUUUGCUAACAGCCAAUGGCAGGUUUGAAGUGGGAAAGAAAAUCUGCUUAAGCAUCUCAGGACAUCAUCCUGAAACAUGGCAGCCUUCAUGGAGUAUAAGAACAGCUUUACUAGCCAUUAUUGGAUUUAUGCCAACCAAAGGUGAAGGAGCAAUAGGAUCUCUGGAUUAUACACCAGAAGAAAGAAGAGCUCUUGCAAAGAAGUCACAAGACUUCUGUUGUGAAAUGUGUGGCACAUCUAUGAAGACAGCCCUCCUACCACUAACAUCUGGAAGCGUGUCAAGCCAGGCAGACAAGGAGGCUAAAGAGCUUGCCAGACAAAUUAGCUUCAAGGCAGAAGUCAAUUCAUCCAGCAAGUCUGAUGCUGGACCCUCAAACUCGUCAGGAUUGGGCCCCUCUGCUGCUACCCGUGAGCCCCAGCAGGACGGCGCUGCAACAGCCUUCCAGGAUCCCGCGAGGCCAGCGUCAGAAGCUCAGCUGAGCAGUGCAGCAGGCAGCCAGGAGCACGCCCCACCUGCGCCCACCAGCAGCUCCAUGAGCCCUCGGCAGCGCCGUGCCCAGCAGCAGAGCCAGAGACGGGCUCCCACUUCAAAUGACUUUAAUCGGGUACAGCAGCCAAGAGUCAACAUGAACCACACUGGAUCAACUCUUCUGAUUGUCCUGCUGACUUUUGCAUUGGCAGCUCUUAUAUUUCGUAGAAUAUGUUUGGCUAAUGAGUAUAUAUUUGAGUUAUAA